AGCAGAACACGAUAUAAAUGAAAGGAUUGCAAAAACUGGUAAAUAUAACAUUCUUAAUAGAGUUAUCGAUGCUGAGAGGCCUUAUGAUUUCAUUAGUAUGAUCUUUGAAGGAGAAAUGCCUAUUCAGUGGGGUUGUCAUGUUAGAAUUACUCUUCAAAAGUUAAAAGGUCCAGAAG